GCAACAAGAAAAAGAAACAGAGGCUACUGAGUUACAAGAGGAAGACGAAGACCCGAGAGUGUGAGACGAUGACUUACAACGCUGAAUCUUCGAGUUUUAGGCGGAGCAGAUCUAUUGGAGGCAGAAGAAUGUGUGACUGUGGGUUGCCCGCCAAGAUUUUCACUGCGUGGACAAAUAAGAAUCCUGGGCGAAAAUUUUUUGGUUGUGAACUGUAUAAGGAAAUGGGCAAUGAACACUGCAAAUUCUUUGAAUGGUUCGAUGAAGGAGAAGUCACUGGGUGGCCAAAAAGAGCGUUGAUUGAAGCUAGAGAUGAAAUUAGAGAGAAAAGAAGAGUGAUCAAUGAACUGAGAAAUAGAAAUUUGGAACUUUCUAUGGAAUUGGAGAAGAAAGAGGCUGCAAAAUCAAAUGGAAGUGAAGAUGAGAUGAAACGUUUGAACCCCAACCUUGGAUGGAAGAAUAAGUUUCUGAAACUGUGUUGUAUUAUUAGUGAUUAAGAGUGUUGAGUCUUCUGUUUCUUUUCCUUUCUAAAGACUAGUUAUGUGAUGAA